AUGGCAGAUUGCGUUAUUACAACUCGAUGCAAAAAAAUUGCAUUAGAUGGGUUAGCCAAGUUUCCGAUGCAAUCCGAGUUUCGACUAUUCAACGGAAUUGCACUAGCAAUGGGUAAUCGAAUGCAAGAAUGCAUUCGAGAAUUAAACCCUUUGAAAAAUGAAGCGGAAAUGGGCUUGGCUGCCACAGUGGCACUAAUACACGCUCAUAAAAAUUGCCACGUAAUAGAUCGAGACGCACUACAGAUACUAGAAACUCGAAUUGGCGACAGAGUUAGUCUGAAAAACUCAAGUAAUGCUCAAUCAUACUACUAUGCAGCUGUUUUUUAUUAUUUGAUUGAUGAUUUGAAGACUGCUAUGGAACAGAUCGAAAUUGUUAUGAAAAUAAAAGACAAUACUUACGAUGACGCAUUGAUAUUGAGAAUAUGGUGUCAGCUUUCUUUAAGUUUCGACCAGUCGGCAGCUAAAAGCAAAAUCCAAAAUACACUGGAAAUGUGUAUUGCUCGAAGCAAUGGAAAAAAUAUUGAUGCAUCUUUAGCACUUGUUCGAUAUUAUCAAAACACUCGCAAGUUUAAGGAAGCACUUUCAGUCAUUGAGAAGCUAAGCAUUCGAUUGCCUGAGAUAAAUAUUCUACUUAUUGAAAAAAUGAAUUUGCAUUUAGCAGCCCUGGACUGGGACCAAUCGAUGGAUACUUCAAUGCGCGUUAUUAAUUUAGAGCCUUAUAAUAUUGCUGCUUUACUUACUAAAGGCGUACUGCACAUAAUUCGCGAGAGCAAUAUCAAAGCAGGGGCAACAUCACUGCAGCAACUCCUCGCAUCUGUGGAUCGCAACGAGCCUGGAAAUUACACACUACUUCUGGAAAUAUGCCAACUAUUCUCAAGAAUUUGUUCGCGAAACUUUGAUGUGCUUCAAAUAACUCAUUUAUGUGUGGAAAAAAUGAAUCAACAGAAUCCUGCCGAUGUAUUAAUUUUAACUGAAUUAGGAUACCAGGAGUUGCUUUUAAACAAAAUUGUUAAUGCAGAAUUGACAUUCCGCUUGGCUUGCGAUGUUAAUAGUAGAAACUUUGAAGCAUUUUGUGGUCUAACUUUGUGCAAACUGAAGGCACAAAUGAAUGCGGAAAACAGGCAGCAGAUACGUCAGCAAUUGGCAUUUCUAAUGAAGCUCGCCGAAUACAAACCUAACCCUUUGGUUCUGUAUAUGUCUGCUUUACUGGCUGAAACUGAUAAUAUUAAAGAGCAACAAUUAUCACCAGUGCAAAUACUCGGGGAAGCUAUAGAAUUACAUUUCCGAAAACUUGAAUCGUUUUCGUUUGGUAUUGAUUACAUCCGCCACAUGAAUCCGGAAUUUAUGCUAGACUUAUGCAAGACGUUCAUUGGACACACGCCCCCUCUUUUGCAGAAAGCCUACUUUGAGAUCAACUUAAGUAUGGGGCAGCAGUCAAUGCACAUUACGAUUAAAGACACUCUGAACAUACUGGAAAGCAUACUUCAAAUUUGCCCUGGACACCAAGGAGCGAUGUUUAUGCGUGGAAAUAUUUACUUCAUAUGCGGCGAGUAUUCGAAAGCCGUGACACAGCUGCGAAGUGUACUUAACGUCGUUGGAGAGAAAUAUACUGAUGCUUAUUUGCUUCUAGCUCAGAUACUAGUAGAGAAAAAACAAUAUACUAAAGCGUUCGAAUAUUUAGAGCUUGCGUUGGUUCAUAAAUUUACAGUGCGCGACAUGCCUAUGUAUCAUCUACUUAAGGGUAUAAUAUAUAAAAAUCAAAAUAAUAUUUUGGAAGCACAUCAGAGCUUUCUGUUAGCGAUGCAGUUAGCUGGUGGCGGGGUAAAAACGGAAAUUCAGCCUCUAGAUUAUAGCCUUGAUAAAAGGCUAACUAUCUCAGAUAAAAUGACUUUGUAUAUCGAGCUAAUCUAUAUUCUUCGUGAAAUGCCUGAUUCACAGGGCAUUUACGAAAGUGAGCGCAUUUUACAAACUGCAAUUGAAGAAUUUAAAGGAACUGUUGAAAUGGGUCGAUUGGUUAUUGCCCAUUCGAAACUUAAGAUUGAGAAAAGUGAUAUAUCAACGGCAAUAGAUCUGCUUUCCUCAAUUAAGCCAGAUCAAACAUAUUACGUACAGGCUCGGAUACAAUUGGCUAAUAUUUACCUGCAGCAUCAAAAGAAUCGCUGUGGAUUCGCAAAGUGUUUUAAAGACUUAGUCGAAAUUCGUCCUGAACCCCAAAACUUCUUGAUGCUAGGGGAGGCGUGCCUAUCUAUUCAAGAGACUACCACGGCUAUUUGUGCGUACCGAAAUGCAUAUAAGAUGAGUCCAUCAAAUGCUGUAUUGGCUAGAGAAUUAGGUCGAGCAUAUGUUAAAAGUCAUCAUUAUGCUAAAGCUUUAAAAUAUUACCACGAAGUAAUACAAAACCCCGAUUGCUCUGCAUUAAAAUUAGACUUGGCCGAAUUGUUUUUAAAAUUGAAGCACUAUCAAAACUCAGUUAAUAUAUUAUCGGAGACAGAUGGCCAUAAAAUAAAUGAUGACAGCUUGACAGAGCUCCAACUAAGAACCAAGAGACUUUUAUUACUGGCUCGUGUCCAUGAGAAGUCUGGAAAUGUUUCCGAGUCUUUGAAAGCAUUAGAUCGAGCUCGCGAUAACCAAGUUAUAAUUCAAAAGCGUUGCGCUAUUGAUCAGUCUGAGAGUUUACAUGAGCAACACAAAAUAUUGUCGAACUCUUUCUCUUACAGACAGAAAGACACCAGGGUCCGCGGUUUCUCAAAACAACAUUUGCUAUUGUCCCCCGCAGAUCAAUAUAUUGUUUAACACGUCUUCUCAAAUUAAAUAAAAUAUG